AUGUUCUUUCGGAGUAUAUGCAAACUUGUUCCAGUGCGUUGGUCAAUUUUGUGGCGUCAAGUGGUGAUUGAAUUACGCGUUGCAUAUCGUGUGAUACGGCGACUGGCCCUUAAGCACAUUGCCAAGCUGGCUUUUAACCUCACCGUACAUGUGGUUGUACUUAAGGCCGGCGGUCCAUUGGAGCAUGAGAUAGAUGUUGGACGGGGCUCUGGGCUUUGGUGGGAUGUAGUAGUGGCAGACGCUGCGGUACCUUUCGAGCACAGGGUGAAGCAGAUAAAGAAUGUGGAGGACAUUAAUCUCGUUGCUUUUAAUAUUCUUAAUUUUAAUAUGAGUAGCUUUGGUAAGUGGCUUGUUGAGAAGAUCACUAUUAAUUUCCCCACCCGUCAUGUCCCUCCUCAGGUGACCAUUCUGAAUUUUGUCACUAUCGGAGACAUUGUAGCCGCGGGAUUUAAACCAGAGGGCCAUCUUAUUGCUGUCAUCAGGAGUAUUAAUUUGUUUCUUACUCCAAUCACCGCUGCAGUUCCUCUGCAGAUCGUACAGAUGUGUUACCCAACCAGGCAGACAGGUCAUGAAAACCUUAGACAGCUUCUUGCCGUACUCAGUCAAUUUGCGUUUAUCGUCAGUUACAGCGGGAGUGUCAGGCUCAAGCAAUGCACCGUCAAACUUUCUACAGCAGUACGUGCUAACAUAUGCGUAGCCGAGUUGCUUGGCCAGGGCGCCGAUUCCGUCCUUGAGCGCUUGCAGGAUGGGACUGGAGGAGUCAGUGAAUUUGGCGGGGGUGAAUGUAGAUAG